AUGCGUGUCUUUACAAAUUAUUUAAAACUUGGCGAAGCAUUGACUCAAAUAUGGAUUAAUAGAUAUACAUUAGUGCUAAUUCUAGCAAUUUUAAAGCUUACAUUUUUCACUAAGUCUUUAACUUUGGCGUUGAAUAAUUCAGAAUCAUAUAUUCUUUCAAACUGUUCUACAAUUGAUAAAAUGUAUAACAACAUCAUUGAAAAUACUCCUCAUUAUUUAGGAUUAAUGGGGAAUUAUAUGGUUGAGAAAUCAAUGAUUGCAACAGUGAAGGCUUCCUUAGAGACUUUAUCUCUUUUGGUUUAUGCAAGUGAAGAAUUACUCACCUUUGUGGUUGAUUUAUACUUAGGUACUUAUGCUUGUUUGAUUGUAAGCGCAAUCGAUGGUACUGUGGAUGUAGCAACAAACACUACAGAAAAAUUAUUGGGGGCAGUUAAUGGAACUGUACAUGACAUUGCUAAUGACCUUGAUGAUGGUUUAGAUGAUUUAUCAAAGAUAAUUAAUAAAAUAUUAAGUGCCGCUUCAAAAGUAGAGGAUUUUUUCACAGAUGAUGAUGACGACGAUGAUAGUGAUAGUGCAACUAAUAAAAUUAAAACGGUCAACUUAACUAUUUCUAGUUUACGAAAUGUAUACAUUCCAUCAUCAAUAAAUGAAAAAUUAGAAUCAUUAGCUGCAAAGACACCUAGUUUUGACACUUUAAAGAACAAAACAAAGAAUGAACUUUCCAUCCCAUUUGUUUAUGCAAGAAAUGAGAUUAAAAAAGUAAAUGUGACAAAUAUCUUUAAAAAUAAAACUUUGUUAUAUACACCCCAACUCACAGAUAUUAAUACCAAUGGCACUGGAAUUUGUUCAUCAAAUAAACCUGAGAUUCAAUUGAUAUACAAGGAUUUAAUAAAAAGUGUCAAGGUUAUCACUACUAUUUUCAUCAUAUUAAUGUCAAUUGCAGCAGUUGUUGUUCUUAUCCCCAUUGGGUAUGAUGAAUACCGUAAAUGGUCAAGAUUAAAAGAAUUGAAUGAUACUUAUUCAUUAAAGGAACCAUACUAUAUGUCGGAUGAUAUGUCUGCUAUUUCUACUUUGAAAGGUUCAUUAGAGGAUACACCAGAUAUAAUAUCAACUUACCACACUGUCUUUAAUAGGUGGCAAACAAGAAUUGCCAAUAUGUUUAAAUACUUAAUUACCUUGGGGAAUAGAACAAAAAUAUCAAGGUUACAAAGCGCCAAAUUAGACUGGUUUGUGGCAUAUAUUACAUCUGAACGAGCACUAAUAAUAUUGGGAAUAGGACUAUUAGCUCUAGUAGUAUGUGUAUUUCAAUUAAUAAUAAUAGCUGUAUUAAACAAAAAACUCACUUCAACAAGUGGAGUCUCCAUGACGAGCAAAAUGAAGUCGUCAUUAAACAGUAGUGACACCUUAAAACAAGACUUGGCUACCUGGGGGUCUCAAACAAACUUAUAUAUCAAUUCUACUGAAUCGUACAUUAACCAAGAAGCAUUUGGUUGGAUUGAUACCACCACGUCAUCUAUUAAUAAGACUGUGGCAACUAUGAUAUGGGAUAUUGACACAGCCUUAGGAGAUAUGUUUAAUGGUACAUUACUUUAUAAGCCAAUGAAAACUGUUGUAAAGUGUGUUAUUGAGGAUAAAUUAUAUGCAGUUGAAAAAGCAAUGACUUGGAUAAAUAAUAAAGCACAUUUGAGUAUACCAAGGAUAAAUAUGACAGAAAUGCAAUCCUCUUUGUCAAAUGAGACAUCGACCUCCACUAGUAAAAUUUCACAGAUUGUAAACGAGUUAACUGAUGAAAUGAAAACUGGUCUUAUAAAGAUUUUACAUGCUUUCCAUCAUACAGCUAUGACGGAACUUUACAUAUCGUUAGCCAUCUUGGGUGUCUGGAUGAUCCAAAUUCCAAUCGGAUUCGUUAUACUUUUGAUCAAGGAACAACAGUUAAAUAGGUGUACGAUGUUAAAGUAA